UAAUUUUUAUUGUUCUGAUUGAUUUUUUACUCUUGUUAGUUUUUCUUUUUCCUACAAAAAUCAGAGCUGCAAGGUCUCGGAUCGACGAUCGAUCGGAUGCCCGAUUUCACGACCGCAUCACGGGAAUACCAACUCCGAAGCGACAAGAUCUCUGUGAAGUAAUGCCGACGGAGAUCGAUCUGCAAGAAAUUUGAAUUCUCUCUCUCUCUCUCUUUGGGGGAAAAGUUAUAGUGUUCUAGAUUUAGAUUUGUGGCAGAAGGAACAUUCUCUCGGAUCGGCACAGAUGCGGUUGCUCGAAGUUGGAUAUAUGCCGGCGUUGUUGGAGAAUUGAGUUGAGUUCGGCUGUAGCAUCUUGAUCUUCUUGUGUUUGGUGCUUUGACGCAUUGUUCGUUGCGAGAGUGCGGAUUUGAAGUUCUCGAUUCGCCGAAUCGGCGGUGGUUUGGAUGAUCGUAGGUUGGAUGAGAGGGCUUUUUGAAGAGCGAAGGAGAUGAAAGGGCGGCCUGUGCGUUGGGAGGGACAAUGACUGGAGCGUCAUUGGGUCUACGAUCUCUGAGUUAUGGAUCAUUGCAGCAACAGCUGCAGAACGGCUCUCUUUUGCCGACUCAGUCGCCGCCGGUCACAGUCCGCAAGCCAGCAAAAAUGUCCCUUUCUGGAUCCAGAGAAAAGGAGAGGAUCUUGGUUCGGGUGUGCAAGUUUGCAGGGAGGAGAAAGGUUGGGAUGUUGCUCUUGCUCAUCGCCUCCGUUGCUGUGCUCUCCUCUAAUUCUGUCUUAUGGAAAGAUGAAAAUGGAUCAGCAAGCCCCGACUCUGGCAUGGGUUUCACAGACCAAGUAUUGAGUUUUGUAAAUCCUGGUAGGUUAACGUUAGAUAAUGUCAGGCAGCCCUUUAUUCUAGAAACAGAUACCGAGUUUGAUACAACUAGGAGAUCAGUCCAUGAAUCCGGAAACCUUGACUUUAGCAAGGAGUUCACAGAUCCUAUCCAGAAUUUUGUAAAUUCUGAUAGGUUAUCCAUUAAUAAUGACAAGGAUCCUGAUCUUCCAGCAAAAGAACCAAAGCCUGAUAACAAUACCAGUUCUAUGCAAAAAUCUGUAACUACCAACAAUGUAACUGGGCUUUCUGCUCCCAUGCUUCCUUCAACACCACAUCCUUGUGAAAGUUUUUCAUUUCCUCCACCGCUAGCAGAUAAAAAGCGCACUGGUCCACGACCCUGUCCUGUUUGUUAUGUACCUGUAGAGCAUGCUGUGCUCCUUAUGCCACCUUCACCUGCACCUUCCCCUCUCCUUAAGAGUUUAAGUUACAUUUCAGAAGUUAACUUGAUUGCCAAUGAGUCGAAUGGAGGCUCUGUCUUCGGAGGACAUCCAUCAUUUCAGGAGAGGAUUGAAUCUUUCAAUAUAAAGGAAUCAAUGACUGUGCACUGUGGAUUUGCCAAGGGAAUGAAACCUGGUCAAGGGACUGGGUUUGACAUAGAUGAGACUGAUCUUCUUGAGAUGGAGGAAUGUCAUGAUGUUGUUGUAGCUUCUGCUAUUUUUGGAAAUUAUGAUAUAAUGCAACAACCAAAGAAUGUCAGUGACUAUGCAAAGAGGCAUGCAUGCUUUUACAUGUUUGUUGACGAAGAAACUGAAACAUACAUAAAAAAUUCUAGUGGCUCAGUCAAUACCAAAAGAGUUGGUUUGUGGAGAGUGGUGGUGGUUCGGAACCUUCCUUAUGUAGAUGCCAGGCGUAAUGGAAAGGUUCCAAAGCUCUUGCUACAUAGGCUUUUCCCAAAUGCCCGAUUCUCUCUUUGGAUUGAUGGAAAACUUGAGCUUGCUGUGGACCCUUAUCAAGUUCUUGAGAGAUUCUUGUGGCGGAAGAACUACACUUUUGCUAUCUCUCGGCACUACAAGCGCUUUGAUGUUUUUGAGGAAGCAGAGGCUAACAAGGCUGCUGGAAAGUAUGAUAAUGCGUCUAUAGAUUUUCAAAUAGAAUUUUAUAAGAAAGAGGGUCUAACACAUUAUUCUCCAUCCAAGCUUCCCAUUACAAGUGAUGUUCCUGAGGGAUGUGUGAUCAUCAAGGAACACAUACCUAUUACCAAUCUAUUCACAUGUUUGUGGUUCAACGAAGUUGACCGUUUUACCUCUAGGGAUCAAAUCAGUUUCAGUACCGUCAGGGAUAAGCUAAUGUCUAGAGUGAAUUGGACAAUUAACAUGUUCAUGGACUGUGAAAGGCGCAACUUUGUUGUUCAGGCAUACCACAGAGACUUGUUGGAACAACGGAAAGUCCUUACUGCCUCCAUUUUUCCGCCACCUUCAGAAGCAACUAACGAGCCCCCUAGAAAAACAGUUCCAGAUACAAGAGCUCCUCCGUCAAGGAAGCUGCCCCCCAAGAUUCCCGCAAGGCGUGGGAGGGACAAAAGGUCCGGUUCGAGGCGCCAUCAUCCUAGAUCUGCCAUGGGAAAAGAAAGCAAUUGAAUUUGAAGUUUUUGCAUGAUUCUUUGUUCAGGUCUGCAUGAAACUUGCUGCGCUCCAUUCUUUAGUGUCAUGCUCUACCAAUUUUGUGAGAAACUGUUGAUAGCAAUUCUUUUUGUUUCCUUAUGAAUAACCAAUACAAGAUAAACAAAUAAGUAGAAUGGACAUAUCGAAGAAAGUCAUUGCCUACGCAUCAGUCUUAUUAUUUUUGUUACGGCUAUACCAUCUCGACAUUAAGUCAUUGAACUCUUGUAACAUACAGAUUUGCUAAUGGAAAAACUAUUCCUGUUAGUACUA